CACCUUCAUUCCCCACCAUUUUAGCUGUCCUUGUCUUCCACCCCUCACCUUCCUUUUCUCUCUCUCUCUCUUUCUCUCCCCUGUGUCUCGCUCUUCCUUCUCAAAUAAACCCUAUCAGAACCCUCAUUUCUGCACUGAUUUCUUUCUCCUGAGAGCUCUCAGGUAGCGGAUUCUUCAGGGACUCUUGAAACGGAAUGGAUGAGCCGGAGUUUCUCCAGGCAGGAGGUUUCCGAGCAGGGGUACCUCAAUUCUCGCCGGAGAGGAAGGUCUGCGACUUCAAGAAUGUCGAUUUCUUCCCUAUCGAAGACCUACUCGACUUUUCCAACGAGGAUGUCUCUGGGGGCCUGGAGACUGGCGGGGGCAAUUCUACCGACUCCUCCACGAUCACCGCUGGGGAGACUGCCGGUAGCUGCAACUCGUCCUUCUCCGGCGACUGCGGUUAUUUUGGAGACUCCAACUUUGCCGGGGAAAUUUGCGUUCCUUAUGAUGAUCUAGCUGAGUUGGAGUGGGUUUCCAACUUCAUGGAGGACUCGUUCUCCAGCGAGGACUUGGAGAAGCUUCAGAUAAUCUCGGGGGCAAAGUCUGGGAACGAGGCCCCAGGUGCGACGGAGAGUAAGUUCUCAGCCGCCGGCGACUCGUCGCCGCCGGUCGAGGUCGCGCGUUCAAACCCGAGCUUCAACCCGGAUGCACCAGUGCCAGCCCGGGCGCGGAGCAAACGCCCCCGAUCGGCCGCGUGCAACUGGACGUCUCGGCUCGCGGCGCUCUCGCCGAUGUCUUCUUCGUCGGAAUCAACCGAAACGAUGCUGCCUGCUCGGAAGCUUCCAAAGGAAUCGGGGAAACCAGCGAAGAGAAGGGACGUCGUCGAGCACCCGGAGGGCCGGAAAUGCCUGCAUUGCGCGACGGACAAGACUCCGCAGUGGCGAACUGGUCCGAUGGGCCCCAAGACGCUCUGCAACGCCUGCGGCGUCCGGUACAAGUCGGGCAGGCUCGUGCCGGAGUACCGCCCCGCCGCUAGCCCGACGUUCGUCCUCACCAAGCACUCGAAUUCCCACCGGAAGGUGCUCGAGCUCCGGAGGCAGAAGGAGAUGCAGAGAUCGCAGCAGCAAUUCUUACAGCAGGCGGGCGGAGUCUUCAAUCUCUCGGCCGGAAACGAUGCCGGGGACGAGUACUUGAUCCAGACGGGCCCCGGUUUCCGGCACCUCAUCUGAAGAACGAGAUGCCGCGCCAUUCUUUUCUAAUUUUGCCUCUCGAUUUUGUUGUCAGAAGGAUUUAGGUCUAGCUUAGGCAAAAGAGGAUACAAAAUUGGAGUACUUACAGCGUAGCUCGAAGGAGUCCUUGCUUUUUUCUCUUCUCUGUAAAAGAGUCGAGUUCUUAGUCCCUUCCAUUUCUUUCCCCCCAUCUUUUCUUUUCCUUUCUCCUUUUUUCCUUGCUUGUAUUUUUUGAAUCCGGUUAGGGUUUUAUUCUUACGGUUUUCCACAAUAGGGAAAUGAAAACCUACAAAGAAUUGGUUCAACCA